AUGGAUAAAAUUAUUGCGAAUGGCUAUACCGAUUUAUCCCUCCCCGGGCCACCCUCAGGGCCACCUCCAGAACCCUUUGAACGUCCUCCUACACCACCACCUCCGCCUCCCGAAUCGUUAGUACCUCCGCCGCACCCAGAUUCUAUAGCUCCCCCUCCACCCCCUGAAGAAGCCCCGCCGCCAGCGCCUCCGGUAGCUAAGAAAACUAAAGUGGGGUGGGGAUCAAAGCCGUCAGCUACGCCCCUAAGCGUUGAGGAACUACUAAGAAAGAAGCGGGAAGCAGAUGAAGCCGCAUCAAAGCCUACAUUUUUAUCAAAAGCGCAGAGAGAAAAGCUUGCGCUAGAGAAGCGCGCGAAAGAAGUCGAAAAUGAACGACGCCUGAAAGCAAAUGGAACCACGAGCACCUCGUCUCGGGGUUCAGAAGCGAAUGGUUACGCUUUCUCAACAUCAAGAUACGAUGCUACGGAUGUCCCGUCCCGUCCUUCCAUCCCCACGGGACCUCGAAGUUUGCGACAGGCGGAAAUCCCUACUGCCCCGGCUGCGAUGCGAUCGAAGCACAAUGAUAUGCCUCCACCAUCAGGUCCAAAGACGGAACAGAAGGGAGGAAAGCGACCUUCCCCAGAAGAAGCACAAGCCGCGCUGAUACGACAACGUUAUAUGGGUGUUGACCAAACCUCGAACUUCUCGGCGAAGAAAAAACGAAGACGGACAACUGAGAGAAAGUUUAAUUUUGAGUGGAAUGCAGAUGAAGAUACUAGCCCGGAUUACAAUCCUCUCUACCAAAACCGAUCCACGACCAAUUUCUUUGGUCGUGGCCGCUUAGCCGGAUUUGGUGACGAGGCUGCUGAUGCAGUUGCGAGAAACUAUGCAAGAGCACUAGAGGAUAGAGAUCCGGAGGCAGGGAGCGCCAGAGCCAGGGAGAUAUUGGAAAUGGAAAGAAGACGCAAAGAAGAGGGUGGGAGGCAUGCUCUGGAUGCUCAUUGGAGUGAGAAAAAGUUGGAGCACAUGCGCGAAAGAGACUGGAGAAUUUUCAAAGAAGAUUUCAACAUAAGUACGAAAGGAGGAAGUGUCCCCAAUCCCAUGCGGUCGUGGGCUGAAUCUGGGCUUCCGAAGCGCCUUCUUAGCAUUAUCGACAAGGUUGGAUACACAGAUCCUUCACCUAUUCAGCGAGCUGCUAUACCGAUCGCGUUGCAAAAUCGAGACCUCAUUGGUGUUGCUGUUACUGGUUCCGGAAAGACUGCCGCAUUCUUGCUCCCUUUGCUUGUCUACAUUGGUGAACUCCCACGACUGGAUGAGUUUGAAUGGAGAAGAAACGAUGGUCCAUAUGCUAUCAUUUUAGCGCCCACCCGUGAAUUGGCUCAACAGAUUGAAAUCGAAGCCAAGAAAUUCUCCACCCCUCUUGGCUUCAACGUCGUCAGUAUCGUGGGCGGUCACUCUUUAGAAGAACAAGCCUACAGUUUACGAAACGGUGCAGAGAUCAUCAUUGCCACCCCUGGCCGUCUUGUAGACUGCAUCGAAAGACGAAUGAUCGUUUUAAGCCAAUGCUGCUACGUCAUCAUGGACGAAGCAGAUCGCAUGAUCGAUCUCGGCUUCGAAGAACCCGUGAACAAGAUUCUUGACGCUCUCCCCGUCGCUAACGAGAAACCCGACACCGAAGACGCAGAAAACCCACAAGCAAUGAGCCAACACAUUGGCGGCAAGGACCGCUACCGUCAAACUAUGAUGUAUACAGCCACCAUGCCUUCAGCCGUCGAGCGAAUUGCGCGCAAAUACCUCCGACGGCCCGCGAUCGUCACAAUCGGCAACGUCGGCGAAGCCGUUGACACAGUCGAGCAACGCGUCGAAUUCGUUUCUGGUGAAGACAAGCGCAAGAAACGUCUAGCUGAGAUCCUGGCAUCGCGCGAAUUCCGUCCACCGAUCAUCGUCUUCGUCAACAUUAAACGGAACUGCGAUGCUGUCGCUCGAGAUAUCAAGAAUAUGGGAUAUUCGUCCGUCACGCUUCACGGAAGCAAAACGCAGGAGCAGCGUGAGGCUGCACUGGCGUCUGUUCGCAAUGGGAAUACAGAUGUGCUUGUUGCGACUGAUCUGGCUGGUCGUGGUAUUGAUGUUCCCGACGUCAGUUUGGUGGUUAAUUUCAACAUGGCUACAAAUAUCGAGAGUUAUACUCAUCGUAUUGGUCGUACUGGGCGUGCUGGGAAGAGUGGAGUGGCAAUUACGUUCUUGGGCAAUGAGGACUCUGACGUCUUAUACGAUCUUAAACAAAUGCUUAUGAAAUCCUCCAUUUCUCGCGUUCCCGAAGAACUCCGCAAGCAUGAAGCUGCCCAGUCGAAGCCAGUACGAGGUGCUGCCUCGCAGAAGAAGAUUGAAGAGAGCAGUGGAUUUUCUGGGAAAGGAGGUGGAGCCGGCUGGUAA